AUGCCCAUUCACAUAUCAGUAGUCAGCUGUGACGGACAGUCACUCUUUUUAUUACGGACCUGUUGUUUUACUCGAUUUGUAAAGGAAAUUUGUUCCUUUGGUCAGUGGUUUGGUUUACAUUGCAUUUCGUACGCCUCCCUCAGCGACUGAUGGGUGUUUAAUUAGGUGUUCCAACCCGUUCUCGAACAAUUUACAUCUUUAAAGGUAAUGUGCUAACUUAGCGUUUUUAUUUAUUUAUUUUUCUGCCAGUUCGUCGUUGAAAAGUUGCAUUUGUUCCACUCGUACUUGCGUAUUUCCUCUCUUGUAGUCUCGCCUGCGGUAUCUGUUGUAGUGUGCAUUGAUCAUUCACUGAAUAUAAGCUCUCGAUGCGAUCCUUCGACGAUCCGCCAUUUUAAUUUGUUGUUGUUUACGUAAAUGCGAGCUGAUGGCUCAAAUCUUAUUGCUAGAUUUUCGCUGCUUUCAUCGAUUCAUCCAUUCAAUGAUAAAACUUGUCCAUAGAAACGUGUGCUGCGUGUACUGACCUCCUCUUUCCUGGCGUAAAUGUGAAUCAUAUCACCACAUGGCCGGCCAAUUUCUCGCGAAUUUUGUGGGUGUUUGUGUAUUUGUUUUUUUAAACUUGGACUUGUACAAGAACAGCCAAGCUCUUAAAUAAAGAGCUAACCAGUAGUAUACGGUGUGCGACAAACGGAGACCGCAGACUUGCAAACUCACAGGUAAACAAGGUAAUAAUGUUUAAUUAUUAAACAUUAUUGUGAAAUGCUUUAACAGAUUCCCUAUCCCUAAACUAGACUUUUAGAAGACUUAACGUUUGGGGAUAGGGAAUCUGUUAAAACAUUUCACAACAAUGUUUACCUCAUUCACCCGCCAGUCUGCAAGUCUGCAGUCUGCGUUUGUUGUACACCGCCAGUCGUAUGGUUAAAAGUGUAGGAUAUUAUGUUUUGUUUUCUUCUACAGUGUUCAGUGUCAUCUGAUUUUUAGGUGGAUAACAUUUGAUACAUAAUUUUGCUAUUUUUGUCCCUAUUCAUGGCACCCUGCUAGCAGAGCCUUUGCUUCACUUGCUGGAUUUUGGUGCCCUCGGAAAAGAUUGCGUGAAUCAUGUAAGCUCUUUUUUUAAGCACGUGUUGCUUGUUGCUGUGAUACAGUUGCAAAACCAGGCUGGAUAUCCAUGUGCUUGGGACAGUAGGCAGCAGCAACUUCAAAGGCUAGACAUGAUUUAAACAGAGCCUCCUUUUUUCCCUCAUCAAUCAAGAAGACAAAUAAGGCUCUGCUCACAGGGUGUAUUUUUGCCAAUGCAUCUAAUCAAUGUGAUACCCCUGGGAUAGAGGAAGGUCCCAUGGGCUGAGGUGGAGACUUUAAUCAGAAGAAUUUGCUUGUUUAACAGCCUACUUUUUUUGUUCCAUAUUAUAGCUGUCUCUGGUGUGAAAGUUGUCAGAAGGCUCUAAAGGUGUUUGUUUCAGAAUAAGCUGAUGUUUCGGCUAAAGAUUAGCGGUAUGUUAAUUUCUGAUGAACCUCUGUUAAGUCACCAGUAGUAAUCCUUAAUAGUGUAGUGGUAAGGAGAUGUUGCAUUGAGGCAAAGGUGCGGGAUUCGAAUCCUACAAAGCACCCUUUCUUUAGGUAUCCACAAUUAGUUUACACUUUGUGUAAGCUAGGCAUUUAACACAUUAAUAAAGUCUUCAUUUUUUUUGUUAUCAAGCAGCAACUUGCCAUUGCCCAAAGGGUGACUGCUUAAUAUUGGUUUUAACUCUGGGGGUGGGGGAGGGGAGUACUCCUUUAUAUCAACCAUAUCGGUAUGUGCCACCCUAAAGGGUGUGGGUUUUGGGCCUACGGAGUAUCUGGUCUGAAAACGGGUAUACACUUUGCCCAUUUUGGUCUGGAAUUGGGUAUGGCUUUCGAGGGAUCUAUGCGAAUGUAUGAACAUAUUUAUCAUUUCAGUUCCAAAUGAGUAAGAACGACAAAGAAAUAUGCGAAUUCGAAAUAUUUUGGAAGAAUUUUUUUGUUUGCGCUCUAAUCUAAGUAAUGAUGACAUAAUUUCAGCCUUAAGGCCAGGUCUGAAAUCAGGUGUGGAAAACAACAGUUUUUGGUCUGAGAUAGGGUCAGGAUUUGGAAAACAGAGCAGCACACCCCCACCAAGAAUUCCCAAGAGUAUCCCGCAGGGUUUAACUGUACAUCUGUGUUUGUUUGAGUGUUGCAUAAUGUUAGUGAUAGUUUUGCUUCCAUCUGCCAUAUUUAAUGGAAGGGUAGUGUUUAUUAUUUGAGGUUAUAGCAUUUCAUCCAAGAGUAAAUACAGUUACUGUGUUUCUUCCACAGCCUUUGUAGAGCCUGACUGAGCCAAUGAAAUGCACAUUAUAUCCAUUUUCAAUGAAAAGCCUUCACUAGACCAGUGAGCUGAAAAGUACGUUUUUUUUAAUAAUCGAACAUAUUUUAUUGAUAACAAUGCUAACUAUUAAAAUCCUAUUUACAACUAAUUCAAUUUAAAAAAACUAUUUUGUCAAAACACUAUUUACAAUUCCUUUCGUUUAAAAAAAACCCACAGUUUUGAUUAGAAAAAAAUUCAUUCAACUGCAUUCUUAUUAAGAAAAUCACUAAAAAAGAGGAAAAGUAAAUAAAUGCAACAGAAAAUCAAAUUUUAGAUAGUUCAAUGUUAAAAAUAUAAUUUAUAGCUGCCUUUAUGGAUGGGUUUUGAAUUGUAAUUUAUGUGAUUUUUGCUUUUUUCCUUUUUAGUAACGUACAAUAUAAUGUAUACGAGUCAUGGAUAACUUGACUGGUAAGGUAUAAUUUAAAAACCAUUAUGUUCAAAGUUAAAUGUUUGGAUCAUGUGCCUUAUAGGGUUGGUUGACUCUUGGUCACCAUAUCGGCUGAGUGUCGGUUGACUGUCGAUUGAGUACCGAUCGAGUAUAUUGCAAAUAAUGUUUCAAGUACAUGUAUGCUGGAGGUGCAGUAUGCAUAUUUAAAGUAUGCAUUGUUUAACUUGCUUUAUACAGUCUUAAUAAUGCUUUAUUUUUAAUAUUGAAUUUAUUACUUGAAGGGCUUUCAUCUAAUGCUCCAAGCUAUCCAUCAUUUCCACUCAAAGAACAGUUGCUGAAUGUGUUGGAAUCUAAAGAGAUUGAUUUAAAUGCUCUACUAAAGCUCCUUGGAGUAGAAUUAAAAGCUUCUGAGCAUCUCAAGACAGUCCAUGAAGUAGUGAACUAUUAUGAAGAGGAAAAUGGACAGCUUUCUCUACAAACAUGGGAAACUAUAUUUCAAGGGCUUGGAUAUUCGGAAGACUUUCUCCGAGUCAUUGCUCAUUUCAAUGAGCAACGUCGUUGUCAUGGUAAAAAGAGUGCAGUGUAGUGUUUUGUUUAAAGUACAAGAAACUGAAACUCUUUACACAUGUACACUUUAAUACUUGCAGUUAUAUGUAGCUAGCAGGGUGCAGCAUAGUGGUGGUUGAACUGUAUUAACUUUUUUGUUAUCAUGAAGUGUCUGUGCUGUGAAUUUCUUUUGCCUUUUAAACCCACUUUUUUUCAUAUUUAAUACCUUAGUUAUUAAGUUGCCAAAUGCCACAGGGCACUACACUUGUAGUAGGGUAGCCUGUUUCCUGGAUCCAGAUUCAUGUUAUAGGGAGCAGCAUGCCAGUCAUUCUUAUUUAUAGUGGCAAGUGGUGCCAUCUGAAUGUCCAAUUUAAUAAAUCAGGCUACUGCUAGCCUAGUCUCUGAUCCCUGGCUUAAUGUUCUGCUUGCAUAAACAAAUGAAAAUAAUAAAGGAAUGCAGGCUAGGGUUUCAAUACAGAUUGGCACCGACAACUGAUGAAACACAUAUUGGCAACUUUGAUCAGAGAAGUCGACUACUUUUUCGCCUUAGUUGAGAAAUUGAUGGACUUGAAUGUACUUUUUUACCUUCAUUUUAAAAAAAAUUAUUGUGCGUUAAAAUAAUAAUAAUCAUACAUACUGCUUGGAUUGUUACAGUCCCACCCCUAAACUGCACCACAAUUAUGUUUGGGGUUUGGGUAGUCACAUGGUAACUGUGCCUGGACAGAGAGUGGGAUAUAUCAAACCCCCUAGAUGCUCCCCCCCCCCAUCCCUCCCUCCGGGAAUGAAACCCCUGGGAAUGAUAAUAUUAUUACUUCAGUCAUAAUGCAUGACUCGUGUACUAAUUAGCAUUAAUACCAAUCCAUUAUAAUUUCUCUCCAUUAAGUUAAUUGGAUAUGUCAGUAUUGUAUUUAGUAAAUAGACCCCUUCUGGUGGCUGGUAUACCAGAGGAUAAUGCCCGCAGCUGAGAGAUUGUCCUCUUCUCAGGCAAAUGUGAAAUUUUGAGGACAAUCUUUCAGCCAAGGGCAUUAUCCUCCAAUAUACCAGCAAGCCAGAAGGGGUUUAUUUAUUCUAUAAUCCUCUGUUUAAUCUUUAACAUGUUGGGAGAUCAGAGAAAGUUGUGACUAGUUCAAAAUUUAGUGUAACUGGAUUACACAAAACAAGUUUGUUUUUAUGAUAUUUAUUACUGCUUCCAUUUGAAAUUAUGAAGAAAAUAAAAACAGAAAAGAGACUCAUUUUGCUCAUUUUGUCAUGCUUUUGUGCCACUGAAAAAUUGCAGGGCAAAUAUCGAUGUGAAUGGAGUGUAUUGCCUGAUACCCGAAACGUGACCCAAAACAGCCAAAUAAAUCAUGUGAAAAUUAAUCAGUGGAUUAUAAGUCAGUGUACUUUACAUGCACCGACAGUUAUACCAGGGUUUAGACUCUACAGAUGUAGCAGUGAUAUACAUGCAUGCAUACUCAUUGUCCUAAUAUUAAUUUUUUUAGUGAAUGUAAAGUAAUCAAAUUGAUUUUCUUGCUGUACAACGUACAUGUAGGUCCUGCUGAAUUAGCCAUGGCCAAUCUGCAGACCGGCACAGAGAGAAAAAAUGAUGAGUCAGGGGCGUCGAGUACUGGUGAGUAGUCUGUUGCUCAUUACUUUAGGUGUAAAAACUUGCAUUACUCUUUAUUGGGCUGGCUGUGGCACCCAAUCUAAAAAUGAGUCACCUCAUCUGUGCAGCAAUAAGACAAAAUGGCAGAGGGAUGCUUUCUCUCCCAAAAUGUGAAGGCAAAUUGAGCCUGUCAUGUUUUAUAAGCGUAGAAUGGGUUGUUCCAGAAAAAAUCCACACCCCCCCGACGGAUGGGAUUCUGGAAAUUCUCGCGGGAGGGGGGGUCGAAGACUCCGGAAAUCCAGGCGGGAGGGGGGGUUGACCUUAAAAAAGUCUUCUGCAGGGGUCAUUUCGACCGAUAGUUGAUUCAAAUCAAACGUUUAGUUCGAUGACACUUAAGCGCUUUCAGACCCUGAAAAUAGUCAAAAUGUUUUGUUCAUAUAUUUCUCACCUGACAUAAAUGAUAAUCUAAGUUGCUUUACAGGUCCUUUUAUAGCAGAAAACGCGAACAAGAUACUAAAGAACGGGCCUGAAGGAACUCGUCAUAACGUUGUUGUCACGAAGAGCGUCAAACGCCUGACACAUUUCUACUGUACCCAGAGCCAGCCUUGAAGAGCGAAGAGUGAUUUUUAUAAGCUAAGAAAUUAUGUAAACACUCGUUCAGGUGUCGUUCGCAUUUUUGUUUUUUGCUCCUUUCGUUUUUAGUUCCACGCGAUAGAAUUCUUAGUUUAAUAUAAGCUGAAGCUUUAGAAAUUAAAACAAAAACAUUUAGACGUGUUUGCGUGUAUUUUCCAUUAAAAAUAAAUUAAAUUUAAGCCUUUUAUUUUUUCCCGGAAAUCCAGGCGGGAGGGGGGUCUUCCACCUUGGAAAUCCAGUUGGGAGGGGGGGUCUUGUGCUUCAGGAAAUCCAGGUGAGAGGGGGGGUUAAAAAAGGACCCCAUCCGUCGGGGGGGUGUGGAUUUUUUCUGGAAUAACCCAAUGACAAAAAGUUUUGGAAUUUCCAGUUAGAUCAAACUAGUCACGUUAUGCUGUCAUGCUAUAUUACAGAGGGAUUGGGGGAAUGGGGUGCAUUGUUGAAAUGUCACAGUUAAAAAAUUAAUACGGCCAAUCUUUUCUCAUUUCAAAAGGCAAACUUGCCUAUUUUUAUUCAUAAUUAUUAGAGUAGAAGUUACUACAGCCCCAACUUAAAAACGGUACCCACCUAUUUUGUUAGUCCUAUCUUUGAGCCUAAAAAUAGGGAAAAAAUGCAUCACAUAGUUAGCCUUUUGGCAGAAUUAAGCUCCCCUUUUACUGAAAAGGUUAAACCUGUUUGGCUUUUGAGGGGAGGGGACCACUCAUUAUAGAAAAUAUACAAACAGAUUUGGAACAAAAAUAAAAUUUUGGUGGAAACUUAUUAGCCCUAGCUAAACUUCAUAGUCAUUCAUAGUUGGGUUUAUACCUCUGAUUUUUAUUGUGGGGGACCAUCAAAUUAAAUUGCACAAGUUGCUAUGCAGAACAUAUUUGGUUGACUAAUAUCUUGCAAACUUGCAACAAAAACACCAUUCUUGCAUGGAGUUUAUAUUAGUCACUACUCAUGACUGUUCGUUAGCCAUUGUUUCCAGACUCUAAAACAAUGACCAGACUGGUAAUUUACACUCAUAUCGGUCCCAGGACUGAUUUAACCUUGACGAUCGUACAACUUCAAAUGAUGGUACAUGUAUCCCUAUCCCUUUCCAUAGAAUAGGAGUACCUAUACACUCAGUUCGGAAAAUAGUAUAAUAAUAUUAUAAUUUGUACUUCCUAAAAUAUGAAACCACGGCAUUGCUCAGUUGACAGCCCAAUGUACCCCGAUUAUGGGGUCUUGUUUAUGUUGUCAUCUAAUGGCAUUUAUGUACAUGUACACUCUACCAUGUAUUAUUAAUGUACCUCACCAAUUAACUCAGCAGUUAUAUUCAAUCAUUUCAUGCCAUCUCUUGUUCAAAUUGAUUUUGCGUUUACAUAGUUUUAUAUAAUAUUUCUUGGUUGAUGUACUGUAUUUUUAUAGACAGAGGAAAUUAAAAUGGUAAAUACACUGUAUUCUAGUUUUGGAAUAAUUGAAUUAUUUAUUUUCUGUCACAGUUGUAUUUAUGUACAUUAAAAAUAUUGGUUUACUUAUUAAUGAGCCAAAAGCACAUUCUGGUUCAAGCACAUUGAACUAUGUGCUCAUGAGCAAAUUAUAGUAAUGUCUUUUUGUGUGUUGCUGUUAAUGUUGAAGUGAAUAGAAACAUAACUAAUAGGAAAUGUGGCAUGGAUUUUUUAUUUUGAGUUCAUGCUUGCCGGCACACAAUUCUGAACUGAUUCAUUUGUAUUUAUUGUUCAUUUAAUCUGUUACUCUUUCCCAGAUUAUGUGUCUCCUAAGGAAACAAAAACUGAAAAAGGUGGUGUGCAUCAUUAUCAGCACUUAGUGGCAAUGGCAGCAGAAUUGUCUGAUCAACUUGCAAUUGUUGUUAAUGAACUAGACAAUAGCGCACUUGACACUGCAGCAGCAGCUGUAAAAGUGACAGAGGGAUCCUUGUCUCCACCAGUUACACAAAUGUCUUCAUCUAGAGAGCAGCCUUCAUGGGGUUUGCCUGUUUUUUCUCCUGAAGAUACAUGUAUGCAUUCAGAAGACCAGUCAACAAACUUUUCCAGUCAAAGCUCUACAAGAGCCGCAGGGGCUGAAGUAGACGACAGCGGUUUUUUCUCAGUUCUAAACAGUGAUGACAGUGUCAUGUUGUCAGGUGAUAAUGAUGCUUCAUCUUCAUCAUCAUCAUCACUGAACAGCAUUAUCAAAACAGCUGAAUGCUCAACAUCAUCUCAAACUGGUGCACCCAUGGUGUGCCAUGAAAGACCAGUGUCAGAAGCCAUUGCACCGGCAGCAUUGCAAACCAGUGAACCUCUGAGCAUCUCAAGCCAGUGUGCGUCGUUUACCACCAGUGUCUCAAACCAGUCAAAUGAAAUGGUUGAUAGCCAGUCACAGUCAUUUGACAGCAUCUGCAGUGAAACAGACCAGCAACAGAAUGAAACAUCUGAAACUGAAGAAGGUUACAAUGCAGGUUCAUCUUUCUCAAUAACGUCUGGCCCAUCUAUUCCCAAUCAUGGGUCAGAAGCUUCUUCAAGAACAGCAGCUACAUUUAAUACAGCAGCAGGUUUUCCUCCAGCUGGACAUUGCAAUGGACAGAAUUAUGAUGCUUCGGGAAAUGUUAGUCUUGUUGAAGAACUGCAAAAGGUAAAUUUUAUUUGCUAAUGAGUCUUUUAUAAUAAUGGUAUAAUUGCAUGUGGUUUUUGGUGAUUUAACCAUUUUUGAGGCACUUCUAAUAUGCCAUGGAUUUUUUUGUUUCAUCUCUAGAAAAUUGAGGAGCUUCAUGCAAAUGUUAUUUUCCGAGUGGAGGUAAAUCCACUUAAUUAUGACUUAACUAUUUUAAUGCUCAUAUCUAUUGUAGUAUUUUUAACAGGAAUACCCUAUUGUGUUGAAUCACUCCUAGUAUUUAUGCCUAUAUGCAAAACUUGCUAUUACAAUUAGCUAUACUGUUUUACUGGUACCUUAUUUUAUCGAAAAAGGUCCCGUGGAGUUCAAAUUAUGCUGGCUUCUUUUUAACUUAAUGUACUGUGUUAUCAACUACCGAUCUUUGUUUCAACAAAGCCUCUUGUGUUAAAUCUUUUUUGUUUUAAUUAUUUGUUAUUUGGUAAAUUUGAAGGAUUGAUGAUGAUGAUUUUUGUUAUAAUUUUAUAUUUUUAAUUGAUAAUUUAGAGGUUACAGAACCAGAUGUUAAUUUGUCAACAUGUUCAAGAUCGAAACAGCCGUUUGCAGCAGGCAUUGUUGGUAAGUCAGCGAGAUCUCUUGGCUAUUAAAAUUUCCAAUCUCUGCAAUCUAUUUUCCAGCAAAUUCACUGUUAGAAGCACUAGUACAAUUUAAACCAAUAAGGUGUUUAUGGUUGUUACACAAUGUAGAACAUGUAGCACUAACAUUAAAGAGGCACUUACCGUCCAGUGUAGUGGAAGAUCCCGGGAGCCUGGGGACCUGGACCCUCCUUUGCCCAAAGCUCCAAGGCCUGAAAAAUUUCCAGUGCGGUGAGUUUAUUGGAGUGAGUUACUUCAAAUUGUGUAAUGUGAGUGUGAAGAAGUGAGACCUUAUACAGUGUUGAGAUAAAAUUCAGAAAAGGGAGACCAUUAUAAUAAAUGCCAACUCUGCUGAAUCCAUUAGGACAGAGGGUUUAUUUAGUAGUAACUGACCUGAGAAGUGCUUGGAAACUGAAGAUUAUUGUGUAUAUCUUUCAACUGGUAUUUCAUCCAUCACAAUUAAAGCUACAGGGACUUUCAUGGUCUCUUGACCUUAACCAGCCUUUAUUUAUAAAGUUCCACACCGUUCCUUUUCUGCCUUCUAACUCUCAUGUUAAUGUGACGAGAGGAAGGCAGUGUAAGUCAAAACUUCACCUUAUUUUUCAAAACAAAUAAAUGUUAUGAUAUCUCGGGAACAGUGCAUCUACCAUUCAUCAGUGUAUUAUGGAAGCUUAUUUAUAACUGACGGUGUAAAUGUUAAAACAAAUACAUUGGGUGAAUGAGCCAAGUUUUGUUAGACAAUUGAUUGCAAAUAUUUGAAUUCAAAUUUAGAUUGUUUUGAGUGGGAAGCCUACCUUGGCUUUAAGUGUUUUUUGAAGAUAUACAGCAUCUACAAUCAAAACAUCAGUGUCCGUUUUGUCAGGCUGAAAGACACCCCCUUAGUUGUGCUUCUAUAGCUAGCUAUGCACAUGCAGAACUUUCAGUUUGUAAAGUUACCUUUCAGUACACAAAACUGUAUUGCGACAAUACAUUUUAACUGCAAAAAAAAGAGGUACUCUAUUUGGUCCAAUUUACAUGAACGUAUUUUAUUCAUCAACUGAUUGAAUUUUUCGUACAGGAAUGCAGGUCUCGAUGUACUCGAUUAGAAGAGCAAAUGGAAGAGGUAUUUGUUUAACAUACAUAUCCUAGUGCCUUAUUACCCUGUGGCACGAAAUGUUUGCGGGAGUUUAUUUUCGCGGAUUGGCGAUUUUUGUGUUUUGCAGGAACUAACUGAUGAUUUUUGCAAUUAGGACAGAUUGUUUUUUCUUGCUGGGAAUUAAUUUUUGCAAUUUUCACAAUGUAACCAGUACCCA